CUGAUAACAAACACCCCGCCCCUCCCUCCCCCUCUCUCUCGCUGUAGAAAAAAAAACCCCUCACUUUCUCUCUCUACAUUCUCUCUCUCUUCUGGACAUCAUCGACCGGUGAAUCCAGUGACGUCGGCGUUAUCCACCGUCAUCGGCAGUUAACCUCGCCCUCCGGCGCAGAUUACUCUGCGGCGCCCUCGACACACACACACACCCCCUCCGAAAUCCCGUUUAAAUCCCCUGAACCAGAAAACGUUAAUUUUUUGUUGAUUUUUCCCCCUGUUUCUCCUACGGCGCGUUUGUUCCGGCGUCGCCUCGCCGUUCGGCUCCCGGCGCUAUUGCGCAGGUGCACGCUCCCUCGUCCUUUUCAGUUGUAACCUAAUUCUUGUCACUUUCUUCUUAUUGGAAGAUCUUCUAGAGAGAGUUUAGGUGAUAUAUCGCAAAGGAGUUAAUAUUCUCUCCUGCAUUCAGUUGUCAGUUAUUGCUUUCCAUUUCAAGAACUUGCCUCCUAAAGAGAACAGGAAGUAAGUCUAGUUAAACUUCAUGUAAAAGAAACAAUGGCUUUUUAUAGGAACUACUCGAGUGGAACGGUUUCACAGAGUUUCUUGGAUGAGAAAGGACACGGACAGACAAUAGAGAGAAUGCACGGAAUGGUAGGGAAUGAAGAUGUAGAAGGUACUUCUAGUGAUAAAGAUUCAGAAAUCAAGAUGGAUGGUCAUUAUAGAAGUGAUGGUGAGCCUGAUGAUUCUAGUAGGCCUCAAGGUUCUGCUGCUGCAGGGAAUGAUAGAACAUCAAAUUUACAGCCAUCUGGAAGGAGAAUGGCUCAGAGUGUAAAAUGGGGUUCAACCUUUUGGAAGGACUGUCAACCUAUGGAGCCUCGCGCUGGCUCAGAAUCUGGACACGAGUCAAAAAGUGGGUCCGAAUUUAAAAAUGAGGAAGGAUUUGAAGAAGAUUCGUCAGAUGGCCAAGAAGAGAGGUUAGGUUUAGAAGAUGAUGGUGGUCAGAAGGAAGGAGAGAAGGUUCACAGGGGUGAUGUCCCUGCUGAAGAGAUGUUGUCUGAUGAUUAUUAUGAGCAGGAUGGAGAUGAUCAGAAUGAUUCUUUGCAUUAUGGAACACUAAACCAUUCUAGUGGUUUUAGUUCAAAGGUUCAUUCACGAUCUGUUGCAGCAAACAAUAAUGUGGCUCGGUAUUCAAAGGAGCCAAAUGGGGAACAAUAUGAUGAUGAUGAUGAUGCUGAUUAUGAAGAUGAUGAUGAUGAGGAUGAUGAAGAUGAUCCGGAUGAUGCUGACUUUGAUCCUGACUAUGGUGCCAGGAGAAGCUGCAAGGGAAACAAGCAGGAUGAAGACUGGGAUGUAGAAGAUUUUGAAGAGGAUAACAGCUAUGGUGAUCAUGAUGAUGAUUUGGGUAUAUCAGAUGAAGAUGAUGCUUAUUAUAAGAAACCCAGGGGCAAGCAACGAGGUAGGGGUGGACGUAGUGUGAAACCUAGUGGAGAGUUCAAAUCAUUUUCUUUGUCAAGUCGACGAAAGAAAGGAGGUAAGGCAUCAUUUGAAGAGGAAGAUUCAUCAACAAAAGACUUGGAGAAUGAUAGUGAUGAGGAUAUCAGAAGUAUGACUAGGAGAGGUGCUCAUCUUCGACAAAAAGUUGGCGGUCGUGCUGCUUCUUCAAGUAGCAAAAGCAAUGAAGUAAGAACUUCUAGUCGGUCAGUGCGAAAAGUGUCAUAUGCUGAAAGUGAAGAAAGUGAAGAACUUGAUGAAGGCAAAAAAAGAAAGAGCCAGAAGGAGGAGAAUGAAGAGGAAGAUGGUGACUCUAUCGAAAAGGUGUUGUGGCAUCAGCCAAAGGGCACAGCUGAAGAAGCUAUGAGGAAUCACAAGUCCACUGAACCUGUCUUAUUAAAUCACUUGUUUGACUCUGAACCAGAUUGGAAUGAGAUGGAAUUUUUAAUAAAAUGGAAAGGCCAGUCACAUCUCCAUUGUCAAUGGAAGCCGAUCUCUGCGCUACAAAAUCUUAGUGGUUUUAAGAAGGUAAUAAAUUAUACAAAAAAAGUGAUGGAUGAAAUAAGGUAUCGGAAGACAGUCUCACGUGAAGAGAUUGAGGUCAAUGAUGUGAGCAAAGAAAUGGACUUGGAUAUUAUCAAGCAAAAUAGUCAGGUGGAGAGAAUAAUUGCGGAUAGAGUGAAGGAUAGUUCAAAUGAUAUUGGUCCCGAGUAUUUAGUCAAGUGGCAAGGAUUAUCUUAUGCUGAAGCAACUUGGGAGAAAGAAGUUGAUAUUGCAUUGGCCCAGGCUGCCAUUGAUGAGUAUAAGGCUCGUGAGGCUGCUAUGAGUUUACAAGGAAAAAUGGUGGAUUUUCAGCGUAAGAAGAGUAAAGCAAGUUUAAGGAAGCUUGAUGAGCAGCCCGAAUGGUUAAAGGGGGGAAAGCUUAGAGAUUAUCAGCUAGAAGGCUUAAACUUCCUUGUUAACAGUUGGAGAAAUGAUACAAAUGUUAUAUUAGCUGAUGAAAUGGGUCUUGGUAAAACUGUUCAGUCAGUUUCUAUGCUUGGUUUUUUACAGAAUGCCCAACAAAUUUAUGGUCCAUUUCUCGUUGUUGUGCCAUUAUCAACCUUGUCAAACUGGGCAAAGGAGUUUAAGAAGUGGCUUCCAAACAUGAAUGUUAUUGUAUAUGUUGGAACUCGUGCAAGCCGUGAGGUCUGUCAGCAAUUUGAGUUUUACACUAACAAGAAGGGUGGCCGUGGUAUAAAGUUUGAUGCUUUGUUGACUACAUAUGAAGUAUUAUUGAAGGAUAAGGCAGUGCUAUCCAAAAUCAAAUGGAGCUAUCUUAUGGUGGAUGAAGCUCAUAGGUUAAAGAACAGUGAAGCUUCAUUGUAUACAACACUUUCAGAAUUUAGCACCAAGAACAAGUUGCUUAUCACUGGUACUCCCUUACAAAAUAGCGUCGAAGAACUAUGGGCUCUGCUUCACUUUCUUGAUCCUGAUAAAUUUAAGAGUAAGGAUGACUUUGUUCAAAAUUACAAGAACCUUAGUUCCUUCAAUGAGAAUGAGCUGGCUAAUCUUCACAUGGAAUUGAGGCCUCACAUCCUUCGAAGAGUUAUCAAGGAUGUGGAGAAGUCUUUGCCUCCCAAGAUUGAACGUAUUCUUAGGGUUGAGAUGUCCCCUCUUCAGAAGCAGUAUUAUAAAUGGAUCUUGGAACGCAACUUCCAUGAUUUAAACAAAGGAGUUCGUGGAAAUCAGGUUUCACUGUUAAAUAUUGUGGUGGAAUUGAAGAAAUGUUGCAAUCAUCCAUUUUUGUUUGAAAGUGCUGAUCAUGGUUAUGGUGGGGACACCAACAUUACUGGUAGCAGUAAAUUGGAGAGGAUAAUCCUGAGCAGUGGGAAGCUAGUUAUCCUUGAUAAGCUGCUUGUCAGAUUGCAUGAAACUAAUCAUCGUGUGUUAAUAUUUUCUCAGAUGGUUAGGAUGUUGGAUAUAUUGGCAGAAUAUUUGUCACAUAGAGGGUUCCAGUUUCAGAGGCUAGAUGGUAGUACCAAGGCCGAAGUUCGCCAACAGGCAAUGGAACAUUUUAAUGCACCUGGCAGUGACGAUUUCUGUUUCCUUCUUUCAACUCGUGCUGGUGGCUUAGGUAUCAACCUCGCGACAGCAGAUACAGUUAUAAUAUUUGAUUCAGAUUGGAAUCCUCAAAAUGAUUUACAGGCCAUGAGUAGAGCUCAUAGAAUUGGGCAGCAAGAAGUUGUUAAUAUUUACCGCUUUGUUACUAGUAAGAGUGUGGAGGAAGAUAUCUUGGAACGCGCUAAGAAGAAGAUGGUUCUUGACCAUUUGGUGAUUCAAAAAUUGAAUGCUGAGGGUAGGUUAGAGAAGAAAGAAGCUAAAAAGGGAAGUUCCUUCGACAAAAAUGAGCUCUCGGCAAUCUUGAGGUUUGGGGCUGAAGAACUAUUUAAGGAGGAGAAAAAUGAUGAAGAAAGCAAAAAGAGGCUUUUAAGUAUGGAUAUUGAUGAAAUUCUUGAAAGAGCUGAAAAGGUUGAAGAAAAGGCAGCUGGAGAAGAGCAAGGGAAUGAGUUAUUGAGUGCUUUUAAGGUUGCCAACUUCUGUAGUGCAGAGGAUGAUGGGAGCUUCUGGAGCCGCUGGAUAAAACCAGAAGCUGUAGCUCAAGCUGAAGAAGCUUUAGUUCCUCGAGCUGCAAGAAACAAUAAGAGUUAUAUGGAGGCUAACCCCCCUGAGAGAAGUAACAAAAGGAAAAAAAGGGGAGUAGAACCCCAGGAGAAAGGCCCAAAGCGCCGUAAAGCAGAUAGUUCUGGCUAUUCAGCCCCAAUAAUUGAAGGUGCCGCUGCUCAAGUAAGGGGGUGGUCUUAUGGGAAUUUGUCAAAGAGAGAUGCUUCACGCUUCUGUCGAGUGGUUAAGAAGUUUGGGAACCACAGUCAGAUCGGCUUAAUAUCAGCUGAGGUAGGUGGGGCAGUUGAAACUGCUCCCACUGAAGCACAGAUUGAGAUUUUUGACGCUUUGAUUGAUGGAUGCAGAGAUGCAGUUGAUGGAGUCAACUUUGACCCUAAGGGACCUAUAUUAGAUUUUUUUGGUGUCCCUGUAAAGGCUAAUGAUUUACUAAACCGUGUUAAAGAACUUCAACUCCUAGCAAAUCGUAUUAGUCAGUACGAGGACCCAAUCUCGCAAUUCCGAGCUUUAAAUUACCUCAAACCUGCUACUUGGUCUAAAGGUUGUGGAUGGAAUCAGAAGGAUGAUGCUAAAUUGCUUUUGGGAAUCCAUUACCAUGGAUUUGGUAAUUGGGAAAAGAUACGGUUAGAUGAAAAGCUUGGUCUUACAAAGAAAAUUGCUCCAGUGGAACUUCAACAUCAUGAAACCUUCCUACCUCGGGCCCCCAACCUGAACGAGCGGGCUUCUCAACUUUUGGAAAUGGAACUUGUAGCUGUUGGGGGGAGGGAUGCAAAUGCCACGGGUGGCCGCAAAGCUUCCAAGAAGCAGAGGGAAAAUCUUCGAAGCAUCUCGGUGUCUCACAGCAAAGGCAAACAAGGGAAACCAGGUCCUACCAAACUUAAUGUCCAAAUGAGCAGGACAAGACCUCCAAAACCCCAGAAGGCUGAACCUUUAGUAAAAGAGGAAGGUGAAAUGUCAGAUACUGAAGAAGUGUAUGAGCAAUUUAAGGAAGUGAAAUGGAUGGAAUGGUGUGAAGAUGUCAUGGUUGAGGAGGAAAAGACCCUUAGGCGUCUUCAAAAGUUGCAAACUACCAGUGCUGAUUUACCGAAGGAAAAGGUGCUUUCCAAAAUUCGGAAGUAUCUACAACUUCUUGGUCGAAGGAUUGACCAAAUUGUCUUAGAGCAUGAGGAGGGGACUCAUAGACAAGAAAGGAUGACUACACGACUGUGGAACUAUGUUUCCACCUUCUCAAAUUUGUCUGGUGAGAGACUUCAUCAGAUUUAUUCGAAACUAAAACUGGAGCAGCAGGAGGCAGGGGUUGGACCCUCUCACCUGAAUGGUUAUCCGCCUGGACCUGUUGCUAGGUCAAGAGGAUACAUAAAUGAGUCUUCUCAGACAUCUUUAUCAAGUCACAGGGGGUUUGAUACAGGGAAAUUUGAAGCAUGGAAAAGACGAAGAAGAGCUGAAGCUGAUAUGCAUUCCCAAGGUCAACCUCCACAUCAAAGACCUAUGGGUAAUGGUUUCCGUCUUCCUGAUCCAAAUUCUUCUGGAAUUCUGGGGUCAGGACCGUCUGAUAAUAGAAACUACGGUAAUGAGAGGCCUUAUAGGGUGCGUCAGACUGGUUUUCCUUCUAGACAUGGUUUCUCGUCAGGCGUGAAGUAGUUUUUUUCUUGCCUGAUGUUGAAACAACAGACAGCCUACAGGGAAGUCAAAUUGAUUUCGCCAAAGGCAUUUGCUGCUUCGGCCACUAAUAUUCUCUGGAACUUUUUCACCCAUGAGAAUAAAAAGUUUUGCAGAUUUCUGUCUUAAGCAAUGUCUGGAUGUUCUAAAACCAAUAUACGUUGGAUGAGGAAUGCUUCAAAGCAAAAAGAUGGCUGUGGAGGAAUUUGAGAACUCUUGUGGUACUGUCCGAGAAUUGAAGAUGACUUCAAGAAACAACAUAUAUGGAAAGCUUGCUGCGCCAUUUUUUCUUUUCUUUUGUUUUUUUCGUCUUUCUUUUUUUUCAUCCUUUGGUGUUAACAAAGUUACUAAUUUCUUCACAUAUAUAGAGGACAGCCAAAGAGCGUUUACUCUUUUCAUUUGCUACAGACCGUAGAGCAAGACAUUUUGUAUGUGUUAUGCCCUGGAAGGCUGGAAAAGUGUACAUUAAGCAAUUUUGCAGCUUCAGUAUCUGGAUCUGUUUUUUGUACAAAAUUUCAGACUUUGCGCAUAA